AUUUUCAAGAAAAGAUUGUUUUCUUCCUUUCCCUAUCCAUCUUUUUCUUAACAUAAUAAUGUUUCAUGUGCCAAAAAACGACUGAUGGGCAUAUCUCUGUUCUUGUCCAUUCAAAACAUAGCUUCUUUUCAGAUAUUUUUAUAUUUUCCAUUUUCUGUUUCCCAAGUGCUCACUCUCAAACAAAAAAUGACAUAUUGCUGAAAGUGCCUCAUUGGAUAAAGGGUUAAUCUUUACUGAGAAAUAUAAUAGUCUUUUGAGGCAGAACUAGUAGAAUAAGCGGCUGCAUACAGAAUUCCGGCCAAAGCUACUGAGUUUUGUCGAACCGUAACCAAUACUCUAGCUCCGCGUCUGCAAAUAGUAUGGAGUCACAAAGGGGUAUUAGUAUUGGACAAUCAUUUGAUUGUUACUCAGCAGGGUUCCAAGAAUCACUUGAUGAAUUGCCUGAUAAUUUCACUAUUACUGAUCCUUAUAUUUCUGGCAACCCCAUUGUGUAUGCUUCGCGCGGGUUCUUGGAAAUGUUUGGAUAUUCAAAGUAUGAGGUGAUUGGGAGUAAUGGGAGGAUAUUUCAGGGUCCUAAAACUAAUCGACGAUCGGUUUUAGAGGUUCGCGAGGCGAUUCGUGAGGAGAGGGAUAUACAGAUCAGUUUGUUGAAUUAUAGGAAAGAUGGGACGCCAUUUUGGAUGUUGUUCCAUAUGUGUCCGCUUUUUGACGAGAAGGACGGGAGGGUGAUUCAUUUUUUGGGAGUUCAAGUCCCUAUCUUGAGGAGGCCAAAGCCAUCAAGAGUUGGACUAAAUUUAUGCCAAGAUGGAGCUGGCUGUCGAGAGUCCGUGCUUAGGUGUUAUAGAAGGGAAGUUUACUCCAUGAGCGUGGAACGGGCACUGUCUCUUGCUUUGGGUUCGGGCUUGGAUUUCACAGGAGUAGAUGUCGAGGGGCCUUGUGAUGCAAGUGAUCUAGAGAAGAGAAAAGCGACUGCUUCUGUUAACAACAUACUGACUGUUCUGGUACACGACGGUGAAUCAACAGGCAGACUGGUUCACGGGAAGAGACGCUCUCCACCUAGGACGGGUCUGCUCGGAGCAUCCUUAAAUAUGUCUCUUGGUAGAAUCAAACAAAGCUUUGUAUUAACCGAUGCUAACUUACCUGACAUGCCGAUUGUGUUUGCAAGUGAUACCUUCCUAAAAUUAACAGGCUUUUCCAGAGAUGAAGUGUUGGGCUAUAACUGUAGAUCUUUAAGCGCGACGGACACAGAUUCAAGCUCACAAUUUCGGAUAAAAGAAAGCAUCCAAAAUGAACAACCAUGUACCCUACGUAUGUUAAAUUACAGAAAAGACGGAACCUCAUUUUGGCUUUACAUUUCACCUGUCCGGAAUGCUUCAGGAAAGGUUGCAUACUUUGUUGCUGUUGAGGGUGAAGAUAAUAGCGAGACUAAGGAGAAACCGGGAAUGAGGCAGCGUGGUGUUGUUGCUGCUGUAAAAAUUGCUGUGAGAGGCUUGUCAAUGGGUGUGAGAACAUGCUAGUUCUUGUACAGAUUCCAGAUUUCCUCUGUGCUAUUAGUCACCAUGAAAGCUGUCCGUAAGUUACCACCUUGUAGUUCUUGUUAGCACCAGAGGAAAUGCAUACAAGAUUUAUAAAUAAGGUAGAUUGUCUGUAGUGCAUGUCUAGACAGGUUGUCGACAUCACACAUAUAGCAUAUGUCCCGUGAGUGGGAGAGUAGUCGAGCAGAUGUUACGGAUUUGUUAGUCCUUUGUUAAUGUCACAGUUUUUAUAUGCUCGGAUGCUUCAAUCUAAAUGGAAUCCAUCAGUUGUGCAUCUAA